UCCAAAUAUGUCACAUAAGCAGUAAAUUAGUAAAUAAUAAUUGCUCUGUCACCCAAGUUUGUAUUUUAACAAAAAACUUGGUUGAUUUGGUCACCAAAAGCUUCUAACUUCUUGAAAGUCUUACCAAGGACUUUUCUUGUGUUGUCUAUAUGUUCUAUAAGAGCAUUAUCUAUAUGGAGGGAAGUGAAAAUAUUGAAAUCAAAACUGAAGUGUUUUUUGACAAAAGAAAAAGAAAAGAUCAGCAAAAGGAAUGGCAGAGAAGAAGUAUGCGGUGGAGGUAGAGGGUGGCAAAGAAGCGAAGCACGGGAGGCCAUCAGUUGGACCAGUUUACAGGAGUGUUAAUGCUAAAGAUGGUUUCCCACCUCUUUUACCAGGGAUGGAAACUUGCUGGGAUAUUUUUCGCAUGUCAGUUGAGAAAUUCCCUGAGAAUCGAAUGCUUGGAUAUCGUGAAACCGAGAAUGGCAAAGCAGGAAACUAUAACUGGCUAACAUACAAGGAGGUUUAUGACAUUGUUAUAAAAGUCGGAGCAUCUAUCCGCAGCUGUGGAGUCAGUAAAGGAGAAAAAUGUGGUAUCUAUAGUACUAAUUGCCCAAAGUGGAUGAUCAGCAUGCAGGCUUGUAAUGCUCAUGGAUUGUAUUGCGUCCCUCUUUAUGAUUCCUUAGGUGCUGGUGCAGUAGAAUUCAUUUUAUGUCACGCAGAGGUGUCUAUUGCUUUUGUCGAAGAAAAGAAGAUGCCAGAGGUUAUCAAGACAUUGCCGAAUACAAAAAAAUACUUAAAAACACUUGUGAGCUUUGGUAAGGUUCAAACUGACCAUAAAGAAGAUGCUAAAAGACUAGGCUUGGCAGUCUACUCUUGGGAUGAGUUUCUUCAACUUGGAAACAAUCAACAUUUUGAACUUCCUGAAAAAAAGAAAUCCGACAUUUGCACAAUAAUGUAUACUAGUGGUACAACGAGUGAACCCAAGGGAGUAUUGAUUUCAAAUGAAACUGUUGUUACUGUUGUAUCUGGCAUAAAUUUCUCUUUGAAGAGCAUAAAUGAAGAGCUUAGCCCGGAUGAUGUAUACCUCUCAUAUCUUCCCCUAGCACAUAUCUUUGAUCGAGUGGUUGAGGAAUUGUUUAUCUCAAUUGGUGCUUCAAUAGGAUAUUGGCGUGGGGAUGUCAAACUACUUGCUGAAGACAUCAAGGAUCUGAAACCAACACUUCUUUGUUCUGUUCCACGUGUGCUAGAAAGAAUUUAUUCUGGUCUGAUGGAAAAGAUUUCAUCUUCUGGGGCUCUGAAGCGUACAUUAUUCAAUGUCGCCUACUCCUACAAAUUGGGAAACUUGAACAAAGGGUAUAAGCACGAAGAAGCUUCCCCCCUUUUUGAUAAGAUCGUUUUUAGUAAGAUCAAGGAGGGUCUUGGAGGGAAACUUCGUUUAAUUCUUUCAGGAGGAGCACCUCUUGCUCCCAGUGUAGAAACUUUCCUACGUGUGGUCACAUGUGCUCAUGUGCUUCAAGGAUAUGGUCUUACUGAAAGCUGUGCAGCUUCAUUCAUUGCACAACCUCAUGACAUGGCAAUGAUUGGAACUGUGGGACCUCCUGUACCAAAUGUUGAUGUCUGCCUAGAAUCAGUUCCAGAAAUGGGGUAUGAUGCUCUUUCCAGCACUCCACGUGGAGAGGUAUGCAUUCGAGGAAAUACCCUCUUCACAGGUUACUAUAAACGAGAAGACCUCACUGACGAAGUCAUGAUUGACGGCUGGUUUCACACGGGGGAUAUUGGAGAGUGGCAAUCAGAUGGGUGCAUGAAGAUCAUUGAUCGCAAGAAAAACAUCUUCAAGCUCUCGCAAGGAGAAUAUGUUUCUGUUGAAAACUUGGAGAAUACAUACAAUCUUGCCUCAGAAAUCGAUUCUAUAUGGGUUUAUGGAAACAGCUUCCAGUCUUUCCUCGUUGCUGUUAUCAACCCCAACAAGAAGGCUCUGGAAUCCUGGGCUGAAGAAAAAGGUAUUGCAGGUGAUUUUAGUUCACUAUGCCAGAAUCCUGGAGCAAAGGCCUACUUCAUUGAGAGACUCAACCAGAUUGCCAAAGAGAACAAGUUGAAAGGUUUCGAGUUAAUCAAAGCAGUACAUCUUGACCCUGUGCCUUUUGACAUGGAACGCGAUCUCUUGACUCCAACUUUUAAGAAGAAAAGGCCUCAAUUGCUCAAGUAUUAUCAGGAUGUUGUUGACACAUUAUACCAAGAACGGAACGAGAAAUGAGUAAUGACAAUCAUAUCAAAGCAUCAACUCUGCUGCAAAUUGGACAUCUAUUACAUUUUAAUGCUGUCCUCAGUGACACAGAUUGUAGAUUGACAUGGAUAUACAUGAAAAGAUUUGAUUUUCUUAAAAAAAAAAAUGAAAAGAUUUGAUUUGUACAUGUAGACUAUUCUUCACUUUGCACUUGAAAUAUUUGAUAUAAAUAUACAGAAGGAAUUUCAGCAAA